AUGGCAGCGGCCGGCUGGCGGGACGGCUCCGGCCAGGAGAAGUACCUGCUCGUGGUGGUCGGCGGGGGCGGCGUGGGCAAGUCGGCGCUCAUCAUCCAGUUCAACCAGUCCUAUUUUGUAAAGGAUUAUGAUCCAACCAUUGAAGAUUCUUACACAAAGCAGUGUGUGAUAGAUGACAGAGCAGCACGGCUAGAUAUUUUGGAUACAGCAGGACAAGAAGAGUUUGGAGCCAUGAGAGAACAAUGUAUGAGGACUGGCGAGGGCUUCCUGUUGGUCUUUUCAGUCACAAAUAGAGGCAGUUUUGAAGAAAUCUAUAAGUUUCAAAGACAGAUUCUCAGAGUAAAGGGUCGUGAUGAGUUUCCAAUGAUUUUAGUUGGCAAUAAAGCAGAUCUGGAUCAUCAAAGACAGGUAACACAGGAAGAAGGACAGCAGUUAGCGCGGCAACUUAAGGUAACAUACAUGGAGGCAUCAGCAAAGAUUGGGACGAAUGUAGAUCAAGCUUUCCAUGAACUUGUUCGGCUUAUCAGGAAAUUUCAAGAGCAGGAAUGUCUUCCUUCAUCAGAAAAAGGCAAGAAAGGCUGCCAUUGUGUCGUUUUCUAGAAUCCUUUCCAUCUUAGCUACCAACUGCCAGGAAAAGCCCUCAUCUUCUCCUCCUCUCCUCAGUUUACAUCUUGUUUGGUGCCUUUCUAGCCUUAGACAAAUGAUCACCAUGUUAGCCUUAGACCAAGAAGCGGGCUAGUCCUUUCUGUGAAGCUAAUACAAUGGUCACUUCCAGACAAAUUUAAAAGAAACACUAAGGCUGCUUCAAAGAUUAUCUGAUUCCUCUAAAAUAUGUGUCUAUAUACACAGACACGCUCUUUUUUUAAGUGCUUCCAUGCUAAUAGAGAUGAAUCAGUUUUGGAAUCUAAGCUGUUUGCCAAGCUGAAGCCACAGGUUGUGAAAUAAUUUUUAACUUUUGGAAUCAUACUGCCUACUGUUACUCUAAAUAGAAAUAUAGGGAUUUUUUUUAAAUGUGAAUUUUUGCCUAUCUUUGAAAAUUUCAG